GACAGACGGCACGUAGAAUCUAGUUUUGGGGUACAACGCCACGGAUUAUCGUAACAUUUGGACCACAUGAAGGCUAUUUGGCUCUCAAAAAUCCGUCACUAUACUGUUACAACUAUUUUAUUUCGCUAGCCAUUUUGUUUUCACGACUAAUUGGGAGAUGUAUCGUCGCGGAGCGGCAAAGAAGGACCACAACAACAAACCGGUGAAGAAGGAUGUGAGUGACAGUGAUAAAUACGCCGACCUCUUGGUGUUCGGAUAUGCCUGCAAACUGUUUCCAGACGACGAAAGGGCGCUUUACCAUGAACACGGAAAACAUCUCAUCCCAUGGAUGGGAGAGAAGAACAUCAUGAUUGAUAGAUACGAUGGGCGCGGUCACUUACAUGACCUUUCAGAGUACGACAGCGGGUCUUGGAAUACAUCCUACCAGCUGUCGGAGGAGGAGGCCAGGAUUGAGGCGCUGUGCGAUGAGGAGAGGUACCUGGCUCUGCACACCGACCUGCUGGAAGAGGAGGCCAGACAAGAGGAGGAGUACAAACGUCUGAGUGAGGCUCUGGCUGAUGAAGGCACCUACACUGCAGUGGCCUUCAAAUACAGCGCCGACUACUAUGAUCCCUCUCAGCCCACCGUGGAGGACGACGCUAACAAGGAAUGUGAAGAAGUAGAGCCGGAGGAGAGCGAGGAACCGUUUGUUGCUCUGCCGGGACUCGCUAUCCCUCCUGAUGUGGAACUGCCGGCAACCAUCAAGACCCAUAACAUCAUCGAGAGGACAGCCAACUUUGUGUCUCAGCAGGGGGCUCAGUUUGAGAUCGUGCUGAAAGCAAAGCAGUCCGGUAACUCCCAGUUCGACUUUCUUCGUUUCGACCACUACCUGAACCCUUACUACAGACACAUCCUGCGGGCCAUGAAGGAAGGUCGAUACAACCUCGUCUCCGCCAAGAAGCAAGAGCAGUCGCAGGAAUCCAACUCUGAUGAUUCAGAUGAUGAUGGGGAUGGCAGUUACCUCCAUCCCAGCCUGUUUGCUCCUAAAAGGUGCUCUCGUCUGGAGGAGCUGGUGAAGCCUCUUAAAGUAAUGGACCCAGACCAUCCUCUGGCAGCACUUGUACGGAAAGCCCGACAGGAGAGGAACGGCACAGCAGCAGUGGCGACCAAAGCAGAAGAAGUGACAGACCCGGCUGUAUCCAGCACACCAGCGCAGUACACCGCUGACCCGAAUGCAGCAGCGAUAUACUACGGGUACUACAUGCUUCCUGAUGGAACGUUCUGCUUGGCUCCGCCUCCCCCAGGGAUAGAUGCCAGCUCCUACUAUAACAGUAUGCCCGCAGCUGUCAUGGCUCCCCUGACAUCUUCUGAGGCUUUGCCUAAUCUGGGAACUACACCCACCCCAUCUGAAACUAAUGCCAUGGCUCCACCAGCUCCAGCCCCAUCUCCGGCCGCCGGCUCUGCUGCUCCUGCUGUUGUACCAGAAACCAGUUCGAAACCCGAAGCUCAAGUAUCCACACCGGCAACGGCAGCCAUCAUCCCCCCACCACCCGACACCCAGCCGGUCAUAGACAAACUGGCCGAGUACGUCGCUAGGAACGGUCUUAAGUUCGAGGCCGGUGUCCGUGCCAAGAAUGAUCCGCGGUUUGACUUUCUCCAGUCUUGGAAUCAGUACAACACCUAUUAUGAGUUUAAGAAGAAUUACUUCUUGCAGAAGGAAGGAAGAAGCUUUCCAGAGCAUGAGACAGACGACAAGGGCGAUGGUGACGAUGAUACGCUUCAAUCGGGCACGUCGGUCCUGGAUUCCACGCUGAUAAAAGCCUCUUUUGCCCCCAUCUGUUUUGCCAUCAAAGCGAAGGAAAACGAUAUGCUGCCGCUGGAGAAGAACAGAGUUCGAUUGGACGACGACUCUGACGAGGACAAGUUGCUGGAGGAGCAGGGGCUGGCAGCUCUGAUGGGCGGAGCUGAGAUGGUGGCUAAGGAUCCGGCUCAAGUCGGUGCACCAGAAGAGAAGAGACCCUCCCUCAGCUUGGAGGAGUUGGAGGCAAAACAAGCCAAGCAGAAGCUGGAGGACCGCCUAGCGGCUGCAGCCAGGGAGAAGCUGGCCCAGGCGUCUAAGGAGUCCAAGGAGAAGCAGCUGCAGGCAGAGAGGAAGAGGAAGGCAGCGCUCUUCCUACAGACCCUCCGCGGCCCCUUCGCCGGGGAGCCUGAGGCCAAGAGAGCCGGGCUGGGGUCGGCUGCACAGCUUGAGUUGCAGGAAGCUCUCUCUGCCCUGUGUGACCCUGUGCCUCAUCAAGUGUCGUCUGCACAACCCGCGUAUCCUCAGGAUCCAAGAGCGGCCGCGGAGAACAAAGGAGCGCAUCGCAGCAGGGAGCCUCCAUCCUCCUCAUCAUCCCACACUACCUCCAGAGGAGCAGCGAGAGAUCGAGACAGAGAUCGAGAGAAAAAUCGAGACAGGGACAGAGAUCGAGAGAGAGACCGGCACAAAGGGAGGGACAAAGACAAAAAGAAGAAGAAACACAAGAGGAGGUCGAGAUCGAAGUCGAGGUCAAAGUCGAAGAGCAAACACUCCCUUCCCAGUGCCUACAAGAGAUCCCGCAGGUCCCGAUCCCGCUCGCACUCCCCGGGGAGACGGGACAGGAGGGGCCCCUCGACGGAGAGGAGACGUGACGAGAGAGAGCGGGAGCGCCAUCAUCCCAGCAGCAGCUCCGGCCUGCCCAGGGGGCAUUCGAGAUCCAGGUCCCCUCCUGAAAAACGAAGGAGCUUCUUGUCAUCCUCGGGACAGAUGCAAAUCGUGGGUUCCUCUCUCUCCCCGUAUUCCUCGCCCGGCAGAGCUUUGUCCCCGUCAGCUAGCCCCGCCUCCAGCCUGGCCCACUCCAGGGGUGGUUCUCUGGACAAAGACAAGGCAGUGGCCUCAUCCAUUGUAUCCUCUGUUCAGUCCAAAAUAACUCAGGAUCUGAUGGCCAAAGUGCGAGCCAUGCUUGCCACCUCCAAGACCUUCCAACCUCCCGAUUCCUAAAGAGGGGGCCACCGGCUUCCUCCUGGCCGCGACGACACCGGCCAAUCAGCCGCCGGCAUUCUCCGAUCGCCUAGAGAUUCCUCUGGCCCUGGAUCCGUUUCCCCUCUCUCCCCGUGUUCAUCCUCGAUUUUAUGAUUUCAUCUUGAUUUGAGCGUCGCCAGAUUCAGUUCGAUUACGUUGUGUCUUCCUCGCUAUUUUGCGAGUGAUUUAAAUGGCGCUCGGUAAGCUGAAGAAAGCGGCGCACCGCCUCGGAGAUCAUGCAGUUGGCAUGUUUCAGUGCAAAUGUGGAAAUAAUCCGUAUGUCGUUUUGCGUCCUGUUUUAAAACACGUGGCGACAUUCUUUGCAGCGCUGUGUGAAGCUGCCGGAGGUCUGUAUUCUCCCCUUCUAUGAAGGGUUGUGUUGUUCUGAUGAGCUCACUUCUGUCCUCCCUCAUCUGCUAUCGUCUGCUGUUGUUUUCUCUUUUGUUUCCGCCCCCCAGCUGUCUUCGCUCUCCAGCACCUCACACGUCUGCUGGAGAAGCCCUUUUCUUUUUCUUCCUCUUGUCCCUCAGCUCUAGUGCGUGGCCUUUUACUUCAGUUCCCGGUUUGUACUGUAAUGGAAUUUAAUGCAGAACAAAUUUGUAAUCGAAACUGUUAAUAAACUUUCAAUUAUGAUUUA